AUGCUGCUGCUGUUGCGCGUCGGUGGCCGUCGAGGAAGCGCUUGCAAGUCUGCCGAGCUGAUGAUGCCAGAUUCUCUGAGCGGCGCCGAGAGUUCCAACAUGUCGUCCAUACGCUGCCUGCCGCCAAUCAGCCAUUUUCUGUUUGCGCUCCGGAAUCUGGGCAACCCGGCCGUGAAUGGUGCGCCCCUGACGAAUAUCCCAAUGCGACCCCAAUGGUGCUCCCGCAACCAUUCCAGCUCGUCGUACGGCACGACCAAGAUGCGAUCGGGAGCGCUGGCCAUCGCCUCCCGCAGGAUUUGCCUCCCAAUUUCCUCCUCUCGCACCGCGUCGCUGCGCAGGCUUCGCACUGCGGCCACCUUGGCGGCGGAGAGGUUGGUGCUCGCGUUGGCGGCUGCUAGAGUGGCCGAGCGAUUCCUCUGCACAUCGGUGCGGCAGUGCUGGGUAACCUUGCUGAUACGGAUGGAGGUACGCUGCAACACGUACGCGGUCCCCGAGCCGCAGAAGCCGCCGAAAGUGUAUGCCGAAGUUCCCACGGUUACACAUGCGACGGAGAAAGACGUCAGUCCGACGGAUGCAAAGCCGGGUGACGAAAAGAAGGAGCCACUCUUCGAGCCUCGCAGCAAACGCUGGUGCACCGACGUAUUCUGCCUCGCUCUUUUCGCAGCCGGCCUUGGUCUCUCUGCGGCCCUCACGUACGCUUCUAUACGGCGCGAUCCGACGUUGCUCGAGGCCCUUAUAUAUCCAAGCGACUCGCACGGCAACUUCUGUGGCAAGCCGGGUACCGCAGUCGAGGACAUGGCGGCCGUCAUCUACCCGCGGCUCGAGUCCGAUAUCAUCAGCCAGAGCGCAACACUCGCCUCUGGUGCGAUAUGGGCAUUCAAUCCAGAGCGACUCUGCGUGAGCUCGUGCCCAGAGACCUUCGAUCUUAACAAGCCAACUGUCGUCGGGGGCACAGAAUACCCAACCUCCGACGGUGAGGGGGUGAUCGAGCUGCUCUACCCGUAUGCGACCACCUCGAUCGCGUCGCGUUGCUUCCCGACGCAGACCGCAGAGGCGCUCGCCGCCGUCGCGCUUUGCGUAUCUCCGAACUGCACCGAUCCUGCCUUGGUCAGCUCGCUCGGUGGCCUCGUUGCGUGCUACGCGCCAGAUGCGGAGGAGGAUGUGGUGCUCUGCGCGGACGGUACGCCUGACGCGGACUGCUCCGAGCAGCGCAAUGCAUGUGACCUGGAGCUUGCGAUGAACGACGCUCGCACAUACCGGCCCGUGGACCGCACCGACGAGUCCGCUGCCUAUCUGGCGACAUUGUCGGGAGCAAUUAGCAGCGCUGUGAGCGCGGUGGAGGGCGUGGGGACAGGCGAUGGACUGGUGGCCCUCCUCGUGUUUGGAGUGGCGGUGCCUCUGGCCCUCGCGUUCGUCUGGCCCCUCUUUCUGUGGCUCUUUGCUGGCCCCGUCAUCGUCGGUCUGAUUAUUGCCGAGGUGCUGUUCAUGAUUCUGCUCGCCAUCUACUUCGCCUUGCGGGCGGGCUGGCUCGACGCCGCAGCCGAUGCGCUCGAUGACGCCCUCAACGGGACCAGCAUCAGCCUGUCGACGUCCGACCUGCUAGAGUCUGCCCAGUCCUCGCUCGACUCUGUGUACAACGGCACCUCCGCCUACACCACGGCGGCGUCCGGGGAAGCGCAAACACUCUGGACGAUCCUCGCUGUCGCUCAGAUCAUCCUCGUUGCCAUCAAUGUGAUUGUGCUGAUCCUGUGCGCCCGCUACAUCCAAAAACUCAUCAGCGUGCUGCGGCGGUGCACCAAGAUCUUCAAGUCUGCGGUGGCCAUCAUCUUCUUUCCCCUCGGCCGGAUGCUGGCGCAGUCGGCGCUACUCACUUACGGUGUCCUCGGCCUCUACUUCAUCUACUACGCCUGGGAGGAGCGGGGCCUCGGGGCGAGGGCCACGCUCGUGGUGAUCCAUCUGUUCCUCACCCUUUGGUUUAUCGUGACGGUGCGCGCUGUUGCUUGGACCACCAUGGCCGGUGUCGUUGCGGCCUGGUACGCCGAGCAGAUUCGGCAUCCCGCCAAGCCAUGCUGCAGGGGGUGCCCGUCUCUCGGUUUGUGCGCCAUCGGCUCGUCGCUGUGGACGGUGCUGUCUCGACAUCUCGGCUCCAUGGCGUUUGGCGCGGGCGUCAUCGCCAUCUGCAACCUGCUGCAGCUUGCACUGCAGGCGCUAGAAUACGUGGUCGAGAAAAGCGGCGCCUCUGAGCGGCAACGACUGCUCAAGCUCGUUGUCAAGUGCUUGCAGUGCUGCGUGUACUGCAUCACCAAGACGGUCUCGUUCAUCUCAUUUUACGGCUUCAUCUACGUGGCGGUCGAGGGGGACGGCUUUUGCUGGUCUUGCAAGAAGGCAUUUGGUCUACUGGGCGCUCAGACCAUCGUCAAUGCCGUGCUUCAGCGCUUGCUUCUUUUGCUCAUCGGGCUCACCACGCCCAUUGGCUGCGCUGUGAGCGCCUUCUUUUAUUUGCAGAGUUUGCCAGACUACGUCGCCGAGUACUCACCAGUCUAUGCUGGCGUUCUUGUUUUCCUGCUCGCCUUCUUUAUCACGUCCUCCACCUGCCAGGUGCUGGCCGUGUCGAUGGAUACAAUUUACGUGUGCGACCGAAGGAAAGAGAAGCUGGGCAUCAAGGUGGCGGAAGAGGCCGUUGGGAGUGGGUCAGACGCAGCAGCGCGAAGCACUGCGAAAGUAGCGCCUGACCCGGGGCCGGCGCCCUCGGCUGCGGACGAGGAGGCUGAGGGCUUGCUCCAGAGGCUCCCACCACCAAAACCACCGUUGCCGCCGAUUAGUAGAUAG